AUGGCCACAAGUCACAAGCACGACCAAGCUGAACCCUUCCUGGCCACUGGUAGGAAUAGUGACGAUGUAGAGCUUUCCCACCUUGGAUUCGACGGCCAGCAAGUCAGCAGCGUCCACGAUCAUGACCGAACGCCAGACUCUCACCAUCUGCAGCCCAAGGUCCCGCCACAGCAGAAAGGUAGAGGCUUCGCACUUUUAGUAGGCGCCGCCCUCUUCACAACCGUAAUCGGCUUCGUCAUCAACACAGAAGCAACGGAGUACUUCGAGUCCGAACUUGGCUGGAAGAAACCCUUGGCAAGCAUGUACGUGACGCACAGUUCACUCAUCUUACCAUGGAUCGUCAAUAUCGUUGCAAAAAGGAUCAGACACCGAAAGCUCGGGUUCGGCGCAUGGGUCAAGCAGAAUAUCGACCAGCUGAGCGACUCGAUCACGACAAUCGAUGCCUACCAAACUGGAGUGUCUGACUCUGCGAAAGCACGACCGAGCAGUCCACUGAAGUUCCUCUUCACAACCAUGGGCUUCCUUACGAUCGCUUUGACAGCCAGUGGUAUGUCCUGGUUCAUUGCUCUCGCUUGGACAACACCGGCAGACCUGACGGCGAUCUACAAUUGUGCGACAUUCUUCGCGGCAGCCUUCAGCGUUCCACUACUCAAUGAGCGACUUGGACUCUGGAGCAUCGUUGCAGUCGGCCUCUCGAUUGUAGGCACAUUUGUUAUCGCAUACGGCGACACGACCGCGAAACAUGAUCCGACGGAGAAGAUCGGCACGUCUCGUCUCUUUGGCAAUAUUAUUGCUUGUAUCGGUGCUCUGGCAUUCGGUUUAUAUGAGGUGCUAUUCAAGAAAUGGGCAUGUUCUUCUCAGCCAUUAAGUCCGCAGCAGAGCCUGCCUCUCACGCUUUUCGCCAGCGCCCUAACAGGCUUUUACACCAUCAUAGCUCUGUGGCCAGGUCUGCUAGCCGCACACCUCAGCUCUGUCGAACCCUUUGUCUGGCCUUCCGCUCGGGUCUGGCUUUGGAUCAUCAUUGCUGUUCUUUCGGGCUCUAUCUCUAUUACCUUGCUUGCUGUUCUCGUCGUCUGGACGGAUCCAGUCUUUGGCUCGUUUGCGAACGUGCUAAGUGUCUUCUUUGUCGCAUUAUCGGACUGGUUGAUCUUCGGUCUCAGUCCUUCUUUGGCAACAUAUGCGGGUGGUGGAUUGGUGAUUGUGGCGUUUAGUUUGCUGACUUGGGACACCUUUGUUGCGAAGAAGGACCGGUGA